UAAAAAAAAAUAAAAUAGGGAAAUAAUCCUCCUUGUCCCUCGCUCACAGAGCGUGUGCCCUAUAAUCCCGCGUGGAUUUUGCCCUAAUCGAUCCCUUUCACUCUCUUGAUCGGAUCAAGCGGAGGAGGAGGCGAGGGCGGGGUAAUCGAUCUCCUACGCGAGGCCACAAACCCUAACCCUCGGUGGGACAAGUCGUGAUCGAAGGGAAUCGGAGUAGCCAUGUUCGGCUCCACCAAUCCCUUUGGGCAGUCUUCAAGUAGCCCGUUCGGGUCGCAAUCAGUAUUUGGACAGACAAGCAGUGUGGGCACGAACCCGUUUGCUCCAAAGCCUUUUGGUAGUCCAACAACUCCUUUCAGCUCGCAAACAGGGAGCUCGUUAUUUGGCGGCACAUCGACUGGUGUCUUUGGGCAGCCUUCGACCCCCACUUUCGGUGCUUCAUCAGCGUCGGCUUUUGGAAGUUCUGUUCCUGCUUUUGGCACUUCGUCAGCUCCUUCAUUCGGCGGUUCUUCCUCUUCUUUUGGAGGAUCUUCUUUGUUUGGGCAAAAGCCAGCUUUUGGAGCCUUUGGAUCAUCACCUAGCCAAUCAAGUCCGUUCAGUAGCACAUUUCAACAAACUCAGCCAGCAUUUGGAAGCAAUGUCUUCGGUUCUACCAGCCCUUUUGGCGCAAGCCAACCUGCAUUUGGUGCUUCAAGUACCCCUGCUACCCCAGCCUUCGGUGCUUCAACCCCAGCCUUUGGUGCGACAACUGCCCCAGGAUUCGGUGCCACAACUGCUCCAUUUGGUACGACAACCACCCCAGCAUUUGGAUCCACGUCAACUUCGUUAUUCGGCAGUACAGGAACAGGAUUCGGGGUCUCAAGUGCACCAGCAUUUGGUUCAACACCAGCUUUUGGUGCUUCAAGUGCUUCUGUUUUUGGGUCUACAACUGCUCCUGCAUUUGGUGCAUCUAGUACUCCAGCAUUUGGUGCUUCAAGUGUUCCUGCUUUUGGAGCGUCGAGCACUCCUUCUUUCAGUUUUGGAUCCACUCCCUCCUUUGGCCAAUCAACAUCCACUUUUGGCAGCAGUCCCUUUGGAUCGACACCAUCACCUUUCGGUGCUCAGAGCUCCCCAUUUAGUGCUCAAUCAACGACGCCGACAUUUGGUAGCCCUGGUUUUGGGCAGCCAACUUUCGGGGGACAAGCAGGAGGAAGCAGAAUAGCACCUUAUACUCCGACACCUGAGGUUGAUGGAGGCACAGGUACUCAGCCUGCUGGGAAGCUGGAGUCGAUUUCGGCUAUGCCUGUGUAUAAAGAUAAGAGUCAUGAGGAGCUGAGAUGGGAGGACUACCAACGUGGAGACAAAGGGGGACCGAACCCUUCGGGACAACCUGCAAGUGGGAUCAGCUUUCCGGCUCCAACCCAGUCAAGCCCUUUUGGCGCCACAGGCACAUUUGGCCAAACUGCUGCAAACCCUUUUUCCUCGACCACAUCUUCAAACCCUUUUGCUCUUAAAACCCCGGCUUUUGGUUCAACUGGCUUUGGUUCCUCAUCUACUUCACUAUUCAGUUCUCCAUUCAGCUCUUCAUCAACAUCGAGCCCCUUUGGGGCAACCUCUUCUACUACUCCGUCACUGUUUGGAGCUCCCACUGGUUCUGCUUUUGGUCCAAGCUCUUCUUCGUCACCUUUUGGUGGGACGACCACACCAGCUUUUGGUUCGAGCUCUUCGCCAUCAAUUUUUGGAUCAUCGAUGGCUGGUUCCACUUCUUCUUUUGGUAGCGGCUUGACCUUUGGAAACACUCAAUCAUCUGGGUUGUUUCAGUCCUCGACUCCUGCUUUUGGACAAACACCUUCACCUUUCGGGCAGACAUCUACAGGGUUUCAACAGAGCAGUCCGGCUUUCGGUUCGAAUUUAUUCAGCACACCUUCGACUGGAUUUGGGGGGAGUUUGUUCAGCAGUUCAACACCUUCGCUAUUUCCAUCAAGCACUCCAUCGGGGUUCGGUCAAACAGCUCCUUCUCUCUCAACACCCUUUCCAGCACCUCUGCCAGCUCAGACGUCAAGUGGCUUUUCUUUUGGAAACUUCGGUCAGACACCACCAGCACUUUCAGGCGGCUUUGGUGGCAGUCCCAACUUAUUCAGUCAGAGUACCUUUGGGCAAUCCACUGCUAGUCAGUCAAAUAUGGUCAUGCAACCAGCACCUAUAACAAAUCCUUUUGGCACGCUCCCAGCAAUGCCUCAAAUGUCCAUCGGCCUUGCUGGAUCUACCCCUUCAGUUCAGUAUGGUAUUUCAAGCAUGCCGGUUUCUGAGAAACCCCCUCCAGUGAGAACUUUCUCCAUGUUGGUUCCGAGGCAUCUUUCUCAGAGAAGGAUAAGACUGCCGCCGCGGAGAUACAAUCUUAAACCUGAUGGCCCAAAGGUUCCUUUUUAUGCUGAUGAAGAAGAAGCACCAUCAACACCAAAGGCUGAUGCUUUUUUCAUCCCUAGAGAGAAUCCAAGGGCAUUAAUUAUUCGUCCAAUUGAGCAGUGGCCUCUGCGUAAUGGCGCAGAGAAGCAGACUAUUUCAAGGGAUGAAGCCACUCCAGAGAAGCAAAAUGGUAAAGUAGCUGGGGAGCCAUCUGCCCCACCUGCUAGUGAACCCCUCGAAGAGGAUCAUGAUGAUUAUCACCCUGAGAGGCGCCACACGCCGGAUAAUAAUGCGGCCACUCCAUCACCAUCGAGACCUGCUCAAAAGGCAAACGGAAUCCACGAUGGCGACCACACGCCGCCAAAGGGAUUCCAGGCUGCGAUCGCCUACGAACAUGGCGCAGACAUCGAGGCUCUGAUGCCGAAGCUCCGCCAUGCCGACGGCUACUACACUGAGCCGCGUGUUCAGGAACUGGCAGCCAAGGAACGGGCUGAGCCCGGCUUCUGCCGUCGCGUCAAGGACUUUGUGGUGGGACGGCGCGGCUACGGCAGCAUCAAGUUCUACGGAGAGACCGACAUCAGGGCCCUCGACCUCGAGCUGAUCGUGCAGUUCAACAAUCGCGAGGUGAUUGUGUACAAGGACGAGAACAGGAAACCGCCGGUCGGGCAGGGGCUCAACAAGCCCGCAGAGGUGACGCUGCUUAACAUCAAGUGCGUGAACAAGAAGACGGGGCAGCAGUACACCGAGGGGCCGAGGGUGGAGAAGUAUAAGGAGAUGCUGAUGAAGAAGGCAGAGGAGCAGGGGGCCGAGUUUGUGUCGUACGACGCAGUGAAGGGCGAGUGGAAGUUCAGGGUCAAGCACUUCAGCAUCUAUGAGUUCGGCGAGGGGGAUUAUUCAGAUUUCGCAGAGAGUUGACCUACCUUUGGAAUGUGUUGUUCCCGCCUAUGGUUCAACCUGUUUGAUUAGUUUCUUUUUCCUCCUUUUCUUUUUUUAUGUAAUUGUGGUACUGUAUAGAAGCCUCUAGGGAGUAAUAUGGUUUGUCCUGUGCUUCUCUCUUUCUGCUUCUGUAACCUUUGCAUCUCUUUUUUUUGUGGGGGCACUAAGCUCUACCUUUGUAGGUUCUUCGGUGUUCAUUUGUGUAUGUUUUUGACCCGUUGGUUCUACACAAAACAGUUAAAAGAUCGAUUUGUGCCGAUUGUAUUUGAAUCUUACUGUGGAUUGUAAUUUUGAUUUUGAAACUUUCGAUUGGUGAACACGAUGUUCUGGAGAUUGUAUUUGAAAUUCACUGUGGGUUGUAAUUUUGAUGA